AAAAGUAAGGGGUAAAAGUGACUUUUUAAUAGAAAUGAGAAGUGUUUUAUGGGACAGAUGAAAAAAGAAAGGAGAAAGAUUUUAUGGGACGGAGGGAAUAUUAUUUAAAAAAUGACUAAUAAAUGCCAUAACUCAAUUUCCAACAUGUUUUGCAUGUGAUUGUAAGAGUGUGAUACCACAUCUUACCUACCCUUAUUCAUUUCAAUUCAUCAAUGGGAGAAUUAGCCAGCCGUGAAGAGAAGAACGCCGCCGCCGCAGCCACGGCGGAAAUGUUCGAAGCACAAGCUCACAUCUACAAGCACACCUUCAACUACGCAAACUCCGUGGCCCUUUCCUCCGCUAUCCGCCUCAACAUUCCCGACGUCAUCCACGCCGCCGCCGGAAAACCCGUCACCCUCCCCCACCUCGCUUCCGCCCUCAACCUCCCUCCCGCCAAACACGACCACCUCCGCCGCCUCAUGCGCCUCCUCACCCACAACGGCUUCUUCCAUUACCGUUCCUCAACCGAAGAAGAAGAAGAAGAAGGUGAAAAAGGGUACGUUCUAACGGCGUCUUCGAGACUACUGGUAAAAGGCCAAGCCCCAAAUCUUUCCCCUUUCGUCCGGAUCAUAACGGACCCAGUCUUGAUGACGCCGUUCCAGUUCUUGGGCGACUGGUUUUCAAGAACGGCCGACGGCGAGGCGGAGACGGAAACGACGCCGUUUGAGAUGGCGCACGGAGGGGUCCCACUGUGGAAGCUAUGCGACGAGGUCCCGUGGUUGAACGACGCCUUCAACCACGGGAUGUCGUGCAACUCCGAGAUGGAGGGAUUGGGCCUCAAGGAAUGUGGGCCGGUGUUCGAAGGCCUGACGACGGUGACGGACGUCGGAGGGGGCACCGGAACGUUCGCCAGGCUCGUCCUGGAGGCGUUCCCCGGCUUGAAGUGCACCGUGCUUGAUCUCCCUCACGUCGUCUCCGCCUUGCAGCCGCCGCCGGCGUCGGGCAAUCUGGUGUUUCUCGGUGGGGACAUGUUUCGCUCCGUCCCUCCUGCUGAUGCCAUCCUGUUGAAGCAUAUCAUGCAUGAUUGGAGCGACGACAACUGUGUCAAGAUACUGAGGAAAUGCAAAGAAGCAAUCUCCGACAGAGCAAAGGGAAAGGUGAUCAUCAUCGACAUUGUUAUGGACAAGAAGAAAGGCACUAUGACUGAAGUGAAAUUGGCGUUUGAUAUGCUGAUGAUGGUUUAUUUUAAUGGCAAAGAAAGGGCGGAGAAAGAGUGGGAAACAAUGUUCAAUGAAGCUGGGUUCACUAGCUAUCAUAUACAUCCAAUCUUUGGCAUUUGGUCCCUCAUUGAAGUGUUUCCUUGAUUUAUACUCGUGUCAAAAUUUUAAAACAAGAGUGAGAAAAUUUGUAUGUCUUAUCAUAAAUAAAAAUCCAUAUUUCAAAAAAAAUCCAUUUCGAGUACAAAAUCUGUGUAGAAACCUAGAGAUUUUGACAAGCCACCAGUUCUUCCGCAAGACCUUCCAGGCUUCAUGGCCUCCACUCCUCGACGGCUGCUCCAUUCCAUCGCUAGGCAGCAACUUUCCGGCAAGAGGUUCUCUAUUUUCUGACUAAAAAAAUAUAAACUAUAUAUUAUUUAAUUGAAAUUAGUGGAUCUAUGAAGGGACCACACACGUUUAUUUACUCAGAUUUGUUGUUUCUUGUAUGUUAUGUUACCCAAAAAUUAAAUUAAGAGAUAUUGG